AUGUGUGCAUUCAUCAUUGGUAGCAUCAUCACUGCAACCAUUCCCUCUGGCCAAACCUAUUGGGCUCAGACUUUUGUAGUCUCACUGGUCAUUCCAUGGGGCAUGGACAUGAGUUUUCCAGCUGGCACGCUCAUUAUGAGCAAUGCAAUGGAAAAACAUCACCAGGGUAUGGCUGCGAGUUUGGUUAAUACUAUUGUCAACUAUAGCAUUAGUAUUGGUGUUGGUAUUGCGGGUACUGUUGAGAUGCACAUUAACAAUGGUGGUCAGACAAAAGAAGACGAGCUCAAAGGUUAUCGUGGUGCGAUGUAUUUAGGACUUGGCUUUGGAGUCUCGAGGCUCGUUACAAGUCUGUUUUUCCUGCUCAACGCAAGGCUGCAUGAGAAGCGGAGUUUGACCAAGAAUUAA